GCCUUUCACAAAAUCUUCAAUACGCCCCGAACGAUUGUUCAACAAUACCGCUUACAGAAUCUCCGGGAUAGUUUUUUCUUUUUGAGAUUGUAGAGAUCUGAAGUUUUGAACCUGCAAGAACAAUUAUACUUUUUGUAAAAGCCCCAUAUUUGGUAGUCCAAAUCGACGUGCAACAAAAGUUUUGGAGAGACAGUGACCCCCAUGUUUUUUCAGCCUUGGAUUGUUUAGGAUAUCAAUAACAUACUACCACAUCGAUAUCAAUUCUGAGAAUCUUGUUUUCGCAUACGGCUUACAAUUUGCUACGACUAUAGUGGAACUAGAGAGUUCUUUUUUGGCAGAGAAGUAGACGAGGAACUAUAUAUUUGCUAUCGAACACCCACCGAACCCAACAUCAAAUUACCGCCACAAAUCACGAUUCCAUCUUACAACCUUUCUCCAGCCAUCUCACUCCCACAAUGCUCCGCCGCGCCCCCACUACCAUAACUCUCACUACAGAAGACAUAGCGAUCUAUGAAGACUCCCGGCAAGCCGAACGUGACGAACAAGCAGAGCGAGAAGUCAUGGCAGCAGCAGCACGCCACAGAAAAGCAAGACAACGACAAGAUUUUGGAGCUGUCAAAGGGGAUAAAUACAGGGAAUCACAGGCGAUAGCUGCGCAGAGGAGAGUCGAUGCUGCGAGAGAAAGAGCUGCUGGGAGGGCAGUGGAUAUGGAGGGAGAUGGAAAUGCGGAAAAUGAGAAUGAAAUAAGUGAGGAUGAGGAUAGACAGAUUUUGAGGGAGAGGGAGGAGAGGGCGAUGAGGGAGAGACUUAGGGAAAGGGAGGGACAGAGACCUACUAGGGUAUUACAGAGAGCAAGGGAGGAGAGGGAGCAGAGGAGUAGAGAGGAGAGGUUGGGAUUAGGCGGUGGGAAUGGCAGCGCGUUGGGGAGAUGAUUUGUGGUGAUCAAAUGUCCCGAUUUCUUUGUUCAAUGAUUUCAUGAAUACAUUGGGGUAAAAGUAUAGGCUGUGGAUAUUUGAGUGUAUGGAUACUGGAGUAUAUUUGGAUUAUAUGGUUGGAUGCAAAGGCGCAAUGGAGUCAUACACGAUGGUCGAAAUAAAUAAUGCUCCCAAAAAGUAUGCAAUUCGAAAAUUUGAACAAGGCGACUCGUUCAUCGCAGUCCAAUUGAAAAUAUUAAGCUAUCUUAUGCUGGCUCAAGAAUCCUCACAAUUAUUGAAUAUAAACCGGACCACUGAAAAGCGUUAAAUCCAUUGCGUGAUAUUCUACCCUCCUUGAACUUUUUCAUUAUCCUAACCGGACUUUCACUCCUGCAUUCCUUUCAGCCCUUCAAUCAUUUACAGCUACGGUAUACUACCUCCAUGAUACCAACCGGGUCUUGAUAUCUAAAAGCCCAAGACUAUCCGCAUCUGUAUCUGAAACUUGAAACUAGGAACUUGGAAUGAUAUAUUGAGAAAUAUUCCUCUAGGGCGUUACUUCGUUUCA